AUGGCGUCAUUCAUGACAGUCGAAAACCUCGAAUAUUCGACCCAUUCAUUCAUUUCAAGCUCCGUCUGGUCGUAUUCUGUCUCAAAACAUGCGGCGACUUGGAUGUGUGCAGCGAAGAAAGCAGUAGCAGCAAGGGAACAGGAGUUAUUAGCUCGAAUUCGUGUCACAGGACAGGAUUAUGGGCAAAGGAUGAUGGAAUCAGCCCCUGUGAUGACACAGAGGCCUGCAGAGAUGGCGAGGACACUUCCACCAAUAAUACCUGAAUGUCCUCCCUAUCCCUUCUACCCUUCUCCCCACUUCCUCCCAGGUGUUGCUGGGCCAUCUAAUUGGUACCAGAGGCCACCUACGUACCCUCCUGUGUCGAAUUAUUCGAGUUUUCCACCUACCUUUUAUCCACCCGUGUACCCUUCGCCGCAUGUUCAAGAAGGACUCGGAAAUGGCUCAAACUUCGCAGAAAGGAGUGUCCUAGAGCCCAGGCACAGUGGUAUGAGACAGGAAUUCCCUCCUUCUGAGUAUAGGCCGAGAGAACAGGAUUCCACCGGUGGACAGGGGGGUGGAAGGUAG